UUAUUGCACAACAUUUGGACACACACGAUCGACGUGAGAAGCUGGGUCUAGGACCUAGAUAGCUAGUGUAAAUCCUAUGCUAUAUUUGUUUUAUUUUAUUUCUCCACUGUCAUUUCACACGGUAGCAUCAGACUUCUGAUUUACAUCUACAUACAAUGUCAACGUACACAUGCAUAACAUGUCGAGUGGCAUUUUCCAGCUCCGAAAUCCAAAGAAAUCAUUAUAAAACCGACUGGCACCGCUACAACCUCAAACGUAAGGUAGCGGAGAUGCCACCGGUGACAUCAGACGACUUCUGUCAGCGAGUGCUAUCACAGAAAGCUCAGCUAGCCCAAGCCAGUCAACCUGUUAAAAGCCAUUGCCAAGUGUGUAAUAAAAAUUUCAGUACAGAAAAUGCAUUUGCUAACCAUAUGCAGUCGAAAAAGCACAAGGAACAGGAGGCAAAGGUAAAUAAAGAAUUGGAGAAACUCAAAGAAAAGAGGAAGGAGAAGGGACUGGAAGAAGAAAACAAUGACAAAAAUAGAACUACUGAAGAUACAAGUCAGGGUGCAGCUUGUGUUAAACCAAAAUCUAAACCAGACUCUGCAAUAGAUGAUGAUGAUGAUGAUGAAGGUAUGGAAGUAGAAGAGGUAAGUGAUGAUGAAUGGGACGAGUAUGAAGGCAAUGCUGUACCGGGUACCGACUGUCUUUUCUGCUCCAAGUCUAGCAACAGUAUCGAGGAGAACUCUCAUCAUAUGACUGUCCAUCAUAGUUUCUUCAUCCCCCAUAUUGAGUAUCUUGUAGACCUUGAGGGGCUCCUUACAUAUUUAGGUGAAAAGGUUGGGUGUGGGUUUGUUUGUCUGUGGUGUAAUAAACGAGGCAAAGCAUUUCAUGCGCUUGAUGCAGUUCAACGACACAUGAGGGACAAAGGUCACUGUAAGCUACAAUAUGAUGGCGAUGCAGCAUUUGAGUUCUCAGAUUUCUAUGACUAUAGGAGUAGCUACCCUGAUUAUGAUGGGGAGAAAAAAGUUGAUGUGGAUAUGAAGGAGGAGAAUGAGGAGGAGAUAACAGAAGAUGUCUUAAAUUCUACACCUGAUGGAUAUCAGCUUGUACUCCCUUCAGGUGCCAAGAUUGGUCAUCGUGAACUGUUCCGCUAUUACAAGCAGAACAUACCCCCGACCAGGGAAGUAGCAGUCCGGAACAACGCCACUAUCGGUAAACUGAACAUGCAGUACAAAGCUUUAGGCUGGUAUGGUAAUCAAGGAAGGGUUGGCGAGGCAAGGCUAGCAGACCUCCGUUUUGUGCAAAAAUUCAAGGCUAAACCGCAUCUGACAAUGGGUAUGAAAAACAACAAGCUGAAACAAAAGCAUUACAGACCUCAAGUUGUAUUUUAGAGGGUGAUAGAUGAAAGAGAAGAAACAUCUUAAUAGAGGGUGCCAGACUGAUAAAUUCACAUACAAAAAGGACUCCAGAUAAUCAUUAAUGAAACUCUAGACUUGGUUAAACAUGUAAAUGAAAUGAUAAUAAAUUUUAGAUUGAAAACCAGACUGAAAAUGUAACACAUAUAGAGGGCACCAGAUAAAGAAAUGACAUAUCAAUGUCAAAAGAUAAAUGCUGUAACUUGUUAAACAGAGUUUAUUUUGUAAAGUAACCAAAUUGUUCCUUCACCUUCCUGUCCUGUCCAUCCACAGAGAGAGCAUGGCAACAAUUCCUUUGGUGAAUUAGUAAACCCUGUUUUCUGAAGAGAUUACUGAUUUAUUUAAUGUGCAAAUGUCAUUUUGUACACAGUUUAAAACAUUUCCGAAAAAUAGGGCUCUCGAGGGAAUUCAAUGCCAAAAUACCAAUCAGAUUUAAAAUGGUAUUUUUUUCAGUGGUCAAUACAAUACCAGAUACUGUAACCCUCUCCAGUUGUAGACUAUCACAGCGAUGCAGAAAUUCAUCAUCAAUUAUAGCGUGGGGCAUCGCAUCGAUUGCCUGAAUAUUCCAUAAUAAAAAAUUCUGUAAUCUGCAGCCCUCAAAAUAUUAUUUUGUAAUUGCCUUAAUUAGCUUUCUGAUAUAUUGGAUCAAAGUUCAAAAUAAAAAUAAAAUAUCUGCUGCCAAUAGGAGCACAACUUGAUGUUGAUAAGUGGAUAAUAACAGCCUCACUCUGUGAUGGAGAAGCAGACUUGGAAUGGUUAAUAAAUGUUACAGAUGAAGGAAGGAAUGAUGAUGACUUUAAAAAAAAAAAUUAAAAGAAAGAAAAGUUAAUGUAUUUUCUUAAUGAAAAAGAAAGCAAAGCAAAAUCAAUAUGUUGUAAAGUAGAAGGCAAAAAAAUAUUUACUGUAAUUGUCAGCCUUAUUUCAUUAAAAAUAUUUCAAUAUAGAAAUGGAGAUGAGUAUUGUAAGAUGUAAUAUGAAUUGGCACUUAUAUUUGCAGUUUUGUCAUUUAAAAUGUUACCUGGUCAUACAGGCCGACAUCAGAUCAAUCUUUUCAGCUUGAUAAAGGAGACUGACUUACAAAAUUUUGAUGACCUGCAUCAAUUGAGGACAAUCGAAAAAAAAAAAGACAAACAUGGAGGAGUAUUUUAUAGAAACAGUUUAUUGUGACUUAUACAUUAAUCUUGUACAUGCUUGAUUUUAGACUCUUAAUCUAAUGUAUGGUUUUUAGUUUAAAUUACAGUUGAAAAUAAAUAAUAUGAAUUUGUGUUUUGCAAAUGAUCUGCUACAAUUUGAUUUAAGAUGGUCUUCCUUUUGGUCAAUAUUUUGUGUAAAGUUUGAUUGAAAAAAAAAUAUAAAUAAAUAAAAUAGCAAGUCGGCUACUAGAUAGAUCUCCA